AUGGCCUGGCAGAGACCAGCUCUGGCGGUCCGCGCUCUGCGAAUCCCCCAGUGUCUGCGGCAGCUGGAGGCUCGACACCAACCCUUCUCGACUAACGCUACUUCCGCAAACGACACACACAAUGCGGCUCCUCCCAUCGAUUUAAGCCAACUACUUUUGAGGCCUGCUCGCAUAGUGCCCGCCUCGCCGUCCUAUUUCACCGGAUCUCCCAAAUUUACAGACUACGAGUUGAAACUAGAGCAUCUGCUGGACAAAUAUAAAGAUUUACCCAAAUUUGGACCCAGGGAGUCGCCGCGUGUAGCAUGGCUCGUCAAGCCGCAGUUUUUGGAGAAAAUCAAUGAAGAUAUAGCCGUGUCGCGGUAUGUGAGGAUGAUGAAAGGCUUGAAAAUGCUGAACAAGAUUCGAACGGAAGUGGUACCACAAGAAGUCACAGACUUUAUAGGCGAAUUCUCCAUGCCGAGGAAUCUUUACAACUGGGAGUUUGCUCAGAGGACACCGGACGAGCAUGGCCGAGCUAGGGGUAUGGGGAGACGAAAGACGGCCCAUGCCACGGCCUAUCUUGUUGAGGGAGAUGGCCAAAUUAUAAUCAACGGGAAAAAUAUCUCGGAGGUAUUCCCCAGGAUUCACGACAGAGAGAGUGCUAUGUGGGCCUUGAAGGCUACAAACCGACUACAUAAGUACAAUGUAUUUGCGGUUGUUCGUGGAGGUGGCGUCACUGGUCAAGCUGAAGCAGUUACCCUGGCUGUCGCAAAGGCGGCUCUUAUUCAUGAGCCUGGCCUGAAGUCUGCUCUGAGAAGAGCCGGUGUUAUCAGAACCGAUCCUCGUCAAGUCGAGAGGAAGAAACCCGGCAAAAUCAAGGCAAGAAAGAUGCCCGCCUGGGUCAAACGAUGA